GUUUAGCAAGAACGCGUCAAAGCAAAGAACCGAGACUUGCGGACGGUGUGUGUAUCGUCGGCAAUUUCUGCGAGGGCGAACAGCAGGCACUAUACAGGGAAGAGUGCGCUGUUGAGAUCUAGUGAAGAGUGCGUUUUCGUGUCGAAAGGUGAAAACAGAACAAUCUCGCGUGCAACUGUGUGAGACUGUAUGAGUGGGCGCACACGGCCUUCAAUGUGCUAGUCGCGGAGACGACGGCAGUGGUGUCCUUCUGGAACGACAGGCACCGACAGUCUUCGUGCGAGGAGAGAUCCCAACGCCUUGGGUGUGAGGCGGUGCUGCAAGGACCUGGGGGGUGGUAGCAGGGAGAGUACGAAGGCGCGAGUUCCUUUCGUGUGAUUUCUCUCCGGAGGACGUGUUUGUGUGUUGUGUGGAUGUUAUUGUUUUUUGCUGGAGCCAGUUCGUGAGUGUUUUGUGUAUAUCGUGUGUGCAUGUCACUGUCUACGUUUGUUGGCGACGACGUGUGCUUGCUUGUGUGAGACACAGGCUCCUGAUGGUAGCAGGCAGCCUGGCGAGAGCGCGCGGGUCGUCAUCAUCAAACCGGGAGCAGCGAACGUGUUGUGUCGCUCUCGUCAUGUCAAUGAUGUGAUGUCCGUGUGGAAGCAAAGAGCUCGUCAAAGUCCGGAGCGCGCUUCGCAGCAUCAGUCAAAUCCGCGGUGAAAGGACGAAGGACAAAAGCAUCCGCCAACAGUACGGCGCCAAACAGUGGCUAGUGUAGAGGUGUGUUGUGGUAGAAGAACAAGAAGAACUACAACGACAUCAGCACCAGUAGCAGAACAACAGAGUGAAUCCGAAGGCUAGCAGAGUGACAUCUUUUGCCAGGAAUUGGCAGCUAGAACCUUUCUCGCUGGCCACCAGCCCGAUGAGAGACGCUACCGUCCGUAUCGCGCGUGAACGCCGAGCUACUCCAAGAAGAUACAGAGCAAAAUGUGUGUCGUCGUAGUGUUUGGCCGAAUACGCGAGUGUUUGCGACCCGGUCGCGCUUUGUAAUCAUCAUCCCUUACUCACUUUGCCUGCGUGUAUGCAAACAGCAGCACCUGUCUGCUCUCUUCCAGAAGAAGAAAAAAAAAACGGGAACAAGAAAGUUUCCCAGUGAUUGAAUCCGUUCACAUGAAACCAGUCGCCAAGUGUUAUUGUUGACCGAAGUGAAAGUAUACCAGUUCGUAUUGGAAGAGCAAAAUAAUAACCAAACCGCAAGCUAAAAUGUGCUGAAUCCCACGAACGAAGAGCAGUUAAUCAACGCAAGUUGAGCCAAUUUUUUUUUCCUGGAGUAACCGGUUAGAAGAAAACGUUUCAAAAAUUGAGAACCAAAAUCUCCCUUCAAUGAUGCUCCACGAGGCAGUAAUGUUGGAAAUCUACCGUCAGGCACUUCACGCCAGUGAAAUGGCCAGCCCUAGAUGCCAAUCGAGGGAGUCAUCCGGCGGUGGACGUUGCCCCUCGGACGAAUCGAUUCGUUCCGAGGGCGACCGGGACGGGCAGAAUUCGGGCGCCAACGUGAGCCCGGUUUCGAUCACGCUCCCACCCACCCUAGCGCCAGCAGCCGCCGCCGCCCUCCUGCCUCAGCAUUCAGCCGCCAUGGCCGCCUAUCUGAACGUGGCAGCCGUAGCGGCGCAACAGAACCGGCUGCUGCUGGGUUCGCCGCUGGCCGGACUGGCAGCCGCUCGGAACGGUUCCCCGCCGAUACUACCUCCGCUGGCGUCCCCGACCGACGAGAGUGGCGACGAUGCCGUGUUGGACUUUAGCAAAAAACGAUCCGACAGCGGCACGGCCGACGAGGACGGCAACAGCGACUGCGAAGAUGGAGACGCCGUCAAUCUGAGCGCAAAAUCCGGUGACAACAGUCCGCUGGAUUUGUCGGUUAGCACACGGAAACGAUCCGGUGAUGACUCCGAAUCGCCUCCACCGAGGAAAGCUGCUCGUUCUCUAGACUACAAACCGUCAAUAGUGAGUCCUUGGAGUUCUCCGGUCGGAUCGCAACUACCAUACUUUGCGGCCGCUGUUGCUGCCGCCAGUAUGUCUCCCAAGAACAAUCACACCGAUUGGAACGGCAAACACAAAGGUGUCACAAAUGAAGCCGCGAAAGCCUUAGAGAAGAUGACCGAAAUGAGUCGCUUGGGAGGGGAUGAAAUCUACCGACCUUCGAACAACAACAGUGGAAGCGGUGGUGGUGGUGGAGGGUCUACCGCUGGCGGUGGCCGUCACAGUGCUUGGCAGUCACAUUGGCUCAACAAAGGGGCCGAUUCGGCCAAGGACGUCCUCAAGUGUGUUUGGUGCAAGCAGAGCUUCCCUUCGCUAGCCGCCUUGACUACUCACAUGAAGGAAACUAAACACUGCGGAGUCAACGUUCCUCCCGGUACAGGAAUGCCUCAACAGCACAUGCAUCAACAACCACCGAAUUCGUCCGCUUCCCACAUGAGCAGCAGUGCUUCCAAUAAACCAUCACCCAGUGAACUGAACCUAUUGAUUAAGGAAACGAUGCCUCUUCCUCGGAAGCUGGUCCGCGGCCAGGACGUAUGGCUUGGCAAAGGGGCCGAACAGACUCGACAAAUCCUAAAGUGUAUGUGGUGCGGUCAAAGCUUCCGUACUCUUGCCGAAAUGACCACUCAUAUGCAGCAGACGCAACACUACACCAACAUUAUCUCACAAGAACAAAUCAUAUCUUGGAAGUCAACGGACGAUAAACCCGGGGGUCCUCCAGGACCCAGCGGAGGAGGAAAUACACCAGCUCCUCCAGGAGCACCCAAUGCACCACCCGCACAAGCCAACAGUCAUGUGAGUGCAGUCCUGACCUGUAAGGUUUGCGACCAAGCUUUCUCCUCGCUAAAAGAACUCAGCAAUCACAUGGUCAAGAACGCCCAUUAUAAGGAGCACAUAAUGCGAUCGAUUACGGAAACCGGUGGCCGACGUCGUCAGACGCGGGAAAAACGGAAGAAGUCACUUCCGGUGCGCAAGCUGCUUGAAAUGGAACGUGCACAGCACGAUUUUAAGAACGGGGAAGGUCCAGUGACGAACGUUGCUGCGAAUAAGCCAAUCCGUGAUCUAGGGGCCGGUAAAAUCACCUGUGAAAAGUGCAAUGAGAAGAUCGAAACCACCAUGUUCGUGGAUCAUAUCAGACAAUGCAUCGACGGAACGGCGCUGCUCCAGGCUCAGCAGCAGCGGGAAAAGCUCAAGAAUGCCCUCCUCUCCAAUACAAUCAUCCCACCGGAUUCGAUAAGUCCCGUUACACCUUCGAGCCGGGAUGGUCGAAAAUCGGUGGGAGAUGAUUUAUCAUCACCACUUUCGCUGCAAAAAUCGCCCAUGCCAGCGGAUUUGUCCUCUCCGGCGUCGACCAAGAAGGACGGAGGCAAAAGUUCUUCCCCAUCGGUGCUGAACGCGAUCGAGCAGUUGAUUGAGAAGAGUUUCGAUACACGCUCGAGGAAUCCGAACACCAACUUUGGCAACAACAGUCAGAGCUCUACUCCACUGGGAUCGAGCAUCCUGAAGCGGCUAGGAAUCGACGAGAGUGUUGACUAUACUAAACCGUUGGUGGAUCCACAGACGAUGAACUUGCUGAGAUCGUAUCACCAACAGCAGUAUGUAGCGCAGUUUGGAAGGCGGGAAAGGAGUGGAAGCGAGUCGAGUUCCAUUUCGGAACGGGGAUCUAGUCGGGUGGAUUCGUUGACACCGGAGAAAAAAUUUGACACUCCUGGUCACUCGACGCCAAGGGGAACACCGGAGAAGCAAUUCAUGGAUGAUCAUAACAACAGUGACGAACAAGGGGCGAUGAAUAUCAAGCGAGAGAUGCAAAGUGACGACGAAGAGGAAGCAGUGAAGCAUGAACCACCGAAAAUUAAAAUCAAAAAAGAAGUAGAUGAGGAUGACGAGCCAGGAUCGAUGCGACCACCGAGCAAGUCGAACGAAGACAUGUCGGAUUCGGAGAAGGAGAUGAGAAGAAGGAAUAGUGUGGCGUCCAGUCCUGCGCCGAGUCCACGGCAGGCGACGGCAAGCGUUCCGUUGAGUCCAGCAGCUAGUCCAAUCAGUGAUCAUCAUUCCAUUACCUCGAGAUCGACACCGGGUGGGGCGGAAGGUGGUAGUGGUGGCGGUGGUGGUAGUAAGAAAGCGUCAAGUUCAAGUGUGAGUAGCAGUUUGGGAGCUCUGUCAUCGAUGUUCGACAGUUUGACCGGAGUGAAUAAUGCGGGCGGUGCGGAAUCUAGCGGAACGGGAAAAAAGUCAAGUGCCCAUCCGUUGGCUGCUUUGCAGAAGCUUUGUGAUAAAACGGAGAAUACUCCGAGUGCGAGGGGUGGGUCAAGUAGUGGACUGCUUUCGGCAACGACGAAUGCGUCGGGGAGUAGAACCGCUCCCGGUGCGAUACUGGCAUUCAGCUGGGCUUGCAACGACGCGGUAAUGUCGGACGAAUCGGUAAUUAAGUGUGCCUAUUGCGAUACGACGUUCACCUCGAAGGGAGCCUACCGGCAUCAUCUUUCGAAGGCUCACUUUGUCAACGAUGACGUGAUUCCCGAUCCCAAGGGUCCAGCGGCGAUGAAGCCGGACUCUCCGCUUUCGCCGAAAUCGACCGGGAGCGGAGCGGCCGGUGGUCGUGACAGUGUACAUCGGUCCGACGGUGGUGGUACUCCCAUUCCAUCGAACAGUGGCAGCAGCAGUGUUGGUGUUGGUAUUGGUCAUACCAAGAGCCCACCUCCGGCGCAAUCACCGUCGGGAUACGACGAAAGUCCACACUCCAAGUUUCUCAAGUACACCGAAUUGGCCAAGCAAUUGUCGUCCAAAUACGUCUGACAUUCCUAAGUUUGCAUACGCGCUUUCGGUCAAAUCCGGUAGGUUUGUUUCGUUUUCCUGUUGUUCUGUAUUUAUGUAAAUAUAAUCCGCUGAAUUGUCGGAACGAUGAUGGACGGCCAGCGCGAUAGAGCGAGAGCAUGUUUUGUGUACGUACGACGGACGGUGUCGAAACGAAGAAGGAGAAGAUGAAGCAAAACAGCAAAGGAAAACUGUUCGAGCGUGAGCGAGAGAGCGAGAGUCGAAGAAAACGAAGCAGUAAAUAACGUAUUUAUGUGUGUAUCCAUUUCUGCUAUGGGUGCGUUCAAUAACCACUUGAAGGAAUGUAAACGGCGAAGAAAUGAACAAGAGAAGAGGGAGAGAGUGUAGGAUGGUAGGGUCGCCGUCGAGCGGUGGUGAUCAACAACAGAAGCGGCAAAGCCGACGGGAGCAGGUUUUUUUUUUACUUCUAUAUGCAAUCUGACGCGGCCUCUUUAGAAGUGUUGGUGAAUCUCUUUUUUCCGCUUCUUUUAAAUCACUCGCUUUAAUGACUUUUAUAUAUACACAUCGGCAGCCGCUCGCCAAGUGUUUGAGGAGGAACUCCAACACAUGCAAGCUCUGCAUAUAAACGGCGAACGAGGCCACUGCUGCUGCAGCACACACAAGUCGCCGGAGAGGGAAUAUGAAGUAGAGCAAAGCGCAACUUGCAAAAGUGUGAGUUCAGUUGGAGAGUGCAGUUUUGAUUAUUUUUUUUUUCGAUGUGAGAAGGAGGACAGAGAAGAAAUCAAUCAAGAAAAUAAAACCAACGUCAGCGGAAUAGUAGACCUGUGUGUGCUUGGGCUUGCAGCAGUUGACGAGAGGAAGAUGGAAAGGGUAACAUACAGACGGAAAGCCAUCGGAAGGCCGUUCGCUGGCUGCAGCAAAAACAAAAUGGAGUUUGCAUGGGGUCUUUGAAAGAUGGAACAAACCUCGCGGGCUUCGAUCGUUUCUCGUUCUGCAAGUUGGAUGGAUGCAGUAAGUAAUGUGUAACUAAUCGCUCUCGUUCACGCUCGAACAAUAUAUCAUGUCUGUUGAUGUGCUCUCAUUCUCUCCUUGAUGAAUGACAAUUCGAGAAGACCUGAUGGGAAAAACUCCGAAGAUUUCAAAAGUUUUCUUGAAACAUGUGAUUCCACAUAUCACCAUGAUUUAGGAACGAAAAAAUGAUGUUAAUUUAUUUCAAUUGAUUUUCACACCACAUUUCGGCUAAAUCAAGCACAAAACGGGCUCUCCAAAAGAACAAAGAAUGUAAAACAUUUGGCGUUGAGAUCUUCAGAACAUUAUCAAAUUUGGUAUACAAAUUGAAACGUGGAACUGCUACUGAGAAAACAAAACGAUGGAUACUUUGUACAGAAUGUCAUUCUUAUUGAGUUUUUACGGCAGAAACGUGAAUUUUAUUGUAAAAAAAAAAACAAAAGUAAUCAAGCUAUACGAGUCAUUAAAAUACAUACGACAACUAAAAGAAACCUUAAGAAUCUCCUCCUAAGUAGUUACAGCAGAAGGAAACAUAAACAUCACGCAAGCUAUACGAUAAACAAAAAAAAACACACACACACAAAUUGAGAUCUAACUAGAGAACAACAUUGUGAAGCAUUCUGCAUGAAGCAAAAUACGUUAAAAUUAUUCAAUUUCAAUCGAAAAUUUGGUAUACGUAAUUUACACUCGAAAACAAAAAUAAGUAUUAUAUCAAUUCUGACCCCAAAUGGAAAAGAAAUAAUCGAUAAGCUGAAGUAAAAGGCCACAGUAACAAAUUAUACGAAGUUGAAACUUUUGGUAUACGGUGACAAAAAAAAAGGAUCAUACUAUUUGAAGAAAUCUGGUAUUUCGUUCCGACCCAUUAAACAUUACAAAACAUAAAAAUAAAAGAAGUAUUACAAACAUACUUACAUUUGCGUGCCAAAAUUCAGUAUACCUAUAAAUAGGGAAAAGAGCUAGAGCAUCUCUCUCCCAUAAAAAAAAAACAGCAGUAUAAGCAAAACAAAAAUCAAAAUAGCGCGAAAACAAAAGCUUCAUAUUUGACACAUGCAGAAUUUUGACUUAACUGCUUUGUUCUACAGAACCUCACACAUUGAUGAAUUGAGAACCACUAACUUCCAAUGCUCCCAGAUUUGCAUUUAUUACGUGUUAAUGUACUUUUGUUUAAAUAUUACUUUUUGUUUGUUUUCAUUACUUCUAAGAAAAUACCUUUUGUGAUUUCUGUAAAAAAAUGACUGCUUUUUGAUUCUGUACAGCGCGUAAACUACCCGGAAACCGUCUUAGUUUUUGUUUGAUUCUGUUGAAAAGAGAUUUUAUCGUAUCAUACCCUGUUUUAGAACAGCGAAAAAUGUGUUGUAAAUAUUUACUAAACAUAAAUGAUUAAAAUAGAAGUUGAAAACACUUUCAAACUUGUAGCGUCAGAAAAAAAAAUAGAAAGCAACGUACGAACGAUAAGGUAUACCUUUGAUUGAAAAUUGAACACAGCCUAGAGGUACAUAAUUUGAAAAGUUUUAGACUUAACAUAAAUACAUACCACAAGUAGGGUAAAUGAAAAUAACUAUACAAUAAAAGCCACGCAAAAAACGUAUUUAUUAAAAAUAAAAACUUCUCUUUGCAGUAAACAAAAUAACAAAUUUAAAAACCUAAAAUAGUAUUAUUUAAAAAAAAAAGUGAAUGAAAAAUGCAAGCGAUACGAGCGACGAAGAGCAACGUUGUAUACGGAAAAAAAAGAAUAAAAUCCUGCUACAAUGGUAUACUCGUGGAAAAAAAACAUGAAAAUCAAAUCAAUGAUACGAAACUCUAUUAAGUAAAACAAAAACAGUCAUCUUGAUAAGUCGAUUGGAACUACAAGUACUAAAAAGGUAUACGUAAUAAUUAAAAAAAAAUGUGGAUACGAAUGAAUUCGGAAACAUGAGAAGUCAAAUUGGAAAAUUGUAAAUUUCGAACGAUAAUAUAAAAUAUUAGGCUUAGCAAUAAGUAUUGGGAAAAAGAUCAACCAAAUCACUCUUAAGAGCAAAGCAAGAGGAAAUGGAUCAGCAUCCAAAUUCACAUAAUGUAAAAUCAAAUGAACUAAACCAGCAAACCAUCAGCGAGUUAGUAAAAUAAAAGAAAUCAUUGAUAAGUUAAUAGAAACCAGUGUAUUUAUAGUGAUAUCGAAUAACAGCAACAAAAAAAACAAAAACAAUUGUAAAACACAAAUAAACAUAAACAGAGCGAAAAGUUGAUUUAUUUCAACACAGAACGUAGCGUUGACUGUAGCGUACGCCUCCGAUUAACGAUUGUAAUGGCAAAAAUAAAACAGCUAUCAUCUCUUCUCCACCACCCAGUUUAUUUUCCGCUGUAUCAAACUUCCUUGAUUUAGAAUGCCAGCACCGGUUGGGUGCGCAAAUUUGUUAUCCAUUUGUAAGGUUUUAAUUUCGCCACAUACACAACAGCAAAAAUCGCAGAACUUUCAAGCAUAACUGGAAACAGAACAUCACCAACAGCAAUGAUGAUGAUCAUGAUGAAAAAAAAGCACAAGAAAAAAAAUAUGAAAAAAGAACACAGUAAGGUAAAACAAAAUCUAUAAAUAUAGAUAUAAAUAUAUAUUAUACGAGAUAUAAAAAAUCAAUUAUUAUUUAAAUGCAAUUUUUAAAAAUUUUAAAAAGGAAAGCUCAAAAUAAAAAUAUGUAUAUGUUAAAAAUUUCAAA